AUGUCACUUUCUGAAGCAGAGGUGCAAAGUGCCCGUGGUGCCUGGGAGAAGAUAUAUGUGGAUUCUGAGGACAAUGGGACAGCUGUGCUGGUCAGGAUGUUUACCGAGCACCCAGACACAAAGUCCUACUUCACACAUUUCAAAGGCAUGGACUCUGCUGAAGAGAUGAAACAGUCAGAUCAAGUCAGGGGCCAUGGCAAGAAGGUUUUCAGUGCCAUCAACGACAUGGUGCAACACCUGGACAACUCUGAGGCUUUUCUUGGGAUAGUGACCCCACUUGGCAAGAAACAUGCCACCCAGCUGAAGAUUGACCCCAAAAACUUUAGGAUUAUCUGUGACAUUAUCUUACAACUGAUGGAGGAGAAAUUUGGCGGAGACUGCAAAGCUUCCUUUGAGAAGGUGACCAAUGAAAUCUGUACCCACCUGAACAAUAUCUACAAAGAGGAGGGUUGGUGAGGAUGUGCACCUUCCAGGCUUUUCAAACAACUUUCCAGCACUGAUUUGCUGCU